AUGAGGAAAGGGCCUAGCUGGCGGCGGUCUGCCGUAAAGUGUGGAGGAUGUCGGGGGCUGUGGGGCCGUGUCCAGCCUUCGAGAAGAGGCUGCUGGUGACAGGCGGCGCCGGCUUCAUGUCAGUGGUGUGCGUUGCCUCUCACGUGGUUGUCUCUCUAGUGGAAAAAUAUCCACAUUACUUGAUUAUAAAUCUAGAUAAGCUGGACUAUUGUGCAAGUUUGAAGAAUCUUGAAGCUAUUUCCCAGAAACACAACUAUAAGUUUAUUCAGAGGCUCACUACUGAGGAACUAAGGAUACUUCUUCCACUCACUCCUAUUGAGGCACAGCAGAGAGCAGCAUUUAGGUCAGUAACUCUCAACUGGGUGAUGCAAGACUCUUUCAGGAGUGCUGCAGUGAAGGGUGACAUCUGUGAACCCCAUUUUAUAAAACAGCUUUUUGAAAGUGAGAAAAUUGAUAUAGUCCUACAUUUUGCAGCACAAACGCAUGUAGAUCUUUCAUUUUGGCAUGCUCUGGAAUUCAGAUAUGUGAAUGUUUAUGGUACUCACGUUCUGGUCACUGCUGCAUAUGAAGCCAGUGUGGAGAAGUUUGUUUAUGUCAGUACAGAUGAAGUGUAUGGAGGUAGCAAUGAUGAGGAGUUCGAUGAAUCCUCACCCAAACGACCAACAAAUCCGUAUGCCUCAUCCAAAGCAGCUGCAGAAUGCUUUGUUCAGUCUUACUGGGAAAGAUACCAGUUUCCAGUUGUUAUUACACGAAGCAGCAAUGUUUAUGGACCUCAUCAGUAUCCAGAAAAAGUUAUUCCAAAGUUUAUAUCAUUGUUGCAACAGAACAGGAAAUGCUGCAUUCAUGGUUCUGGGCUUCAAAAAAGAAAUUUCCUUUAUGCCACUGAUGUAGUAGAAGCAUUCCUUACUGUUCUAAAGGAGGGGAAACCAGGUGAAAUUUAUAACAUUGGAACCAAUUUUGAGAUGUCCAUUACACAACUUGCUAAAGAAUUAAUACAGUUAAUAAAGAAGACCAGUACAGAAUCUGAAGUGGAACACUGGGUGGAUUAUGUCAAAGACAGACCUACCAAUGACAUAAGAUAUCCAAUGAAGUCAGAAAAAAUGCACAGUUUAGGAUGGAGACCUAAAGUGCCUUGGAAAGAAGGAAUAAAGAAAACAAUUGAAUGGUACAGAGAGAACUUUUACAACUGGAAAAAUGUGGAGAAGGCUUUGGAGCCCUUCCCUGUGACCCAACCUUUUAUGCAUAUUGAUUCUUCAUAGAGUAGAAGGAAGAGCAUAAAGAAAAUUCUACCUCGGGACCAUUUUGUCAACUUAAACCUGCAAUCAAGUGACAAACCUACAGUAGUUUCAUCUAUGUGGAGAAUUGUGCUUAAUUUAACUAAAAAUCAGAAGGAUUUUAAGAACUUUUUCACACUUGAUUCUUUAUUAUAAUUUUAAUAUAUUUAAACUUCAGCUUUCAGUGCAAUAUUAAAUUUUUUUAUAGGAAUUUUAAAAUAAGGAAUUCAUCUGGAUGAAGAUUUUUAUAACACUAAAUUGAUACAGUUGUUACACUGUUUUGUUCACUUUCAAUGAAAAUGACUUUUUAGUUCAGAAAUUUUAUAUGUACCAGUAGAUCAUUUUUAUAAUGUGUAAUAAACUUUUUCCAUCACAUGAUGGCUUAAAUUUCUAGUCAAGUAUUCAAUGACUUGGUAAAGAAAGUGUUUAAUCUACAAAGAGAUGUUGAAUUGUAACAGUUGGAGAAGGGGUCCUGUAUGGUCAAUGUUCCAUUUCCCUGCCAGUGCAGUAUUUGUCUUCUGUUGAUGCUAGUUCAUAGUCUAUGCUAAAAGUUGUAAAUUAAAGUGUUUUUCAUUUCUCUUGGGCGAGUACUGUUAUCCAAAAAUAUUGGGAGAAUAUUGUUAUCCUAUCUUUCAGAAAAAGGUUUUUAUUUUUCACUGAUUUUUUUUUUUUAACUGUCUGUUAAGAUCCCUCAAAUUAUCUUGCCACAGCCAUGUCUUGCUUUGUUACUACUUACCACUCUGAAUUCUUUUCUCCUUGAUGUUUACAAUUGUAACAUUUAGAGGAAAUGAAAUGUUGUUUGAUACAAUACUUCAUUUGUUACAGUAUUUCAAAUGCUCUUAACUGCCUGUAAGUGAAGAAUAUUCUUGCUUUUAGCCAUAGGGAUAAAAGCUAAAUAAACUUGUUUCAUGAAUAGAUCAUUAUCUUAUCACUGUUAGUAACAUUUUCCUGUAAGGCUCACUGUGUUUACAAUUAAGGAAAAAUAUGUGCACUAUUCAUGUACAA